AUGCCAACUUCCAGCGAUCUGAAGAAGAAACUAGAAGCUGUACUUGAUGUUGUCAAUGACCUCGAGUCCCCAGUGGUCGCGCUUGAAAAUUGGAAAAAUGUCCGGAACCUUCACAAAUCGGAAGCCCCGACGACCAACAGUUUGAAAAAUGUGGAAGAAGCCUUUGUGAAUGGGGUUCGAUCUAAUGUGGAGCAUAUCCGCGAUCGGGUGGCGAAUGUUCGUCAGCGUGGACUGAACAAACAAACCCUCCUUCGAAGCUUGGCUCUAAGCAUUUUGCCGAUUAUUGCCAUUAUUCUGGGAUGUCUAGGAUGGAACAGCUGUAAUUCCAACCCCACCUUACCCAAAUUGCUGUUAUGCUUUGGAUUCUUUGCGCUCGGCAAAGUUGUGAUGGAUCUGCUGAUCGAAACUGAGGACAACGAUGCAAAGGUUUUCAAAUAUAAAUGCGCCAAGGGUGUUUUCUCAAUCUUGCUUCUGAUUUGGUUCUUCGUUUGUUUGGGCCAUGUUUGGGCUCGUUGGGGAACAUAUUCUGGAGACGUUUCUUCCCCCUAUUAUUGCGACUCCUUGACUGUUUACGGAUUAUACAUCGUAUUCUUCUUCAUGCUUUUCUGCCUGCUCAUCACCGCUGCUUAUUACUUAAUCGUUGCCCUGAUGCACAUCAAAGACCGUGUUAAGAAA